GCGAAAGCUUGAAGGGUGCCAACAAAUACCUUUGCAAGAAGUGCCAGCAGAAGGUGGAUGCAACCAAAAGGUUUUCGAUCCACUCAACCCCCCCGAUGCUGAUUUUUCAGCUGAAACGCUUCGACUUCCUCAACGGCAAUCGGGGAAAAAUCAAGAAGAUCGUGAAGUACCCUUUGUCUUUGGACAUCUCUCGCUUCACAAGCCAUCCCAAGAGAGAGGCACGUUACAGCCUUCAGGGGCUCGUGGUUCACUGCGGUCAAUCUGCCAAGAGCGGCCACUACAUGGCAUAUGCCAAGCACAACGGCAGCUGGCACCGCUUCAAUGACGAGGCGGUGGGGCUGCUUAGCGAGCAGCAGGUGUUGAGUCAGGAGGCAUACCUGCUCUUCUACCAGACGGUCACCCCCCCGCAGGUCAAGGAGGCCACCGCCACAGAGGAGGUCAAUGGCCGCAAGCAGGCCAUGCUGAAUGGGCAGGCCCAGCCCCAUAUCAAUGGCAAGCUGGAUGUAACAAAUGGCUUGGUGAAUGGCAAGGUGAAUGGCUUGGAGCAUGGCAAGAUGAACGGCUUGGCGAACGGCAAGAUAAAUGUCUUGGUGAAUGGCAAGGUGAACGGCUUGGAGCAUGGCAAGAUGAACGGCUUGACAAACGGCAAGAUAAAUGGCAUGGUGAAUGGCAAGGUGAAUGGCAAGGUGAACGGAGUGCACCACAAUGGCACACAUGUGGAGGAGAUCAGUAUGAAGGAGCUGCAUUUAGCUAGCCACCAGCCCGUGAGCUCAGUGAAGAAGACGCAGGAACCUUGUGAGCCUUGUGAGCCUUGCGAGCCUCGCAGCCAAGCGAGCAAGAGGCCGCGGUCGCGGCUCCACAAGCUCCGUGCCUUCGAGGCGCUGAGGAAGCGGCGCAAAGGAGACCCGGCAGGAGAGGCCGAAGAGCCGACACCCCCAAGGCAGAUGAGAAAGGAAGAACAGCAUGAUGUCGCUGAGCGGGUCGCCACGACUACUGACUACUCCCGGCAGUACGGACAAGCUGAGGUGGAUGCGUGGGACAGCAGCCCACCUGAAGAGCAGCGCCAGGCUUUUCAAGAGGCUCAAGAGAGGCUGCAGCCCAGACCGCAGAAAAGGGAUGAGCUGGACAUGGACUACGAUGUGGGCAAGAAGAAGCACAAGCCUCGCAAGCCUCAGGCUGCUUUCAAAGGAAGCUCUGCGUUUGAUCAAGAGGAGCAGAGGCGACGAGAAAAGGGAAAAGGCAAGGGCAAAGGCAAAGGCAAAGGAAAAGACAAGGGCAAAGGCAAGGGCAAAGGCAAAGGCGGGGCCCAGAAAUCUAGCUGUUUUCCUGCAAAUUCUGUUUUGGCCACUUCGGCUGAGGAAAGUCCAAGCAUGGAAAAUCCAAGGGCAAGGGAAAGUGAUGCAGAGCAAAAGCUGGUGCUCAGCUUUGAGAAGGGUGUCGCGCGUGUCGUGACGCAUGACAGAGCCGGGCUCCAAACGGGGCCCACUCAGACUCAGUCUUCGGCCGGUGUUAUAUUUUGCGGCAUGGCACUCUAGUAGCUUAUGCCACGCCUGAAUAUUGUUGAUUAUACACCCUGCACAUUUGAAAUUCGGGCAGGUCCGUUUCCUGCCCUGCCAAAGAGCUGACGCUGGCAGAU